UUGACAAACACUGUUUUUUUUGACUAUAUAAAUUCGAAUUCUGUUAGUGUAUUGACUUGAAUUCUGUCUGAUAGAUUAAUUAUCGAAAGUAAAUGUCAAAGCAAGACAGUAAUCUAUGUGUAGACGAUAAGUCAGCUACAAAAACUGCAGAACCGUCUCAUAAAAAAUCACUUGGUUGUUGUGGAGAGUAUAGGCGUACUGUAGCUCAUGGCCUAUUUCGAAAGAAACAUUUCAAAGAUAUAUUUUAUAAUGAUCUCAAUAAAACUUUAACAACCAUAAGUUUGAUUUUUUAUGGCUUAGCAUGUAUGCUGGAUGGAGGCAUUUAUGUGUCGACUGGUGCUGUAAUAAAUACACAAACUGGACCGAGUGCUUUUCUUGCUUAUAUUAUAGCUACUGUUGUAGCAAUAUUAAAUUCUUUGAUAUAUUCAGAAUUAGCAUGUCAUGUUCCAAAAGAGGUUGCAUGUUACGGACAUGCACACAGCAUUCUUGGUGAACUCCCAGCAUUCAUAACUGCAUGGUCAACGUUUCUCGAUUACAUACUAAGUGCAUCACUAGUUGCACGUAGUUGGAGCAACAUAAUCGACACUUUUUCAGGAAACAGGAUAAGUUCGUGGAUAAUAAUUACAUUUGGAAGAUUAUCAUCUCCAGAUGGAUUGUUGUCAGAAUACCCUGAUUUCCUCAGUACGAUAGUGAUUCUUAUUUUUGGCAUUUGUUGUUGUUUUGGACUACGUAAAAAUUUAGCUUUGACCGUGAUCUCAAGUGCCGUUAACGUUGGAGCAUUAUUGAUAGCUACUAUCUAUAUGUUUAUUCAUGCUAAGCCAAACCAUUAUUCCAUAAUAUAUCCUGGGAUUACAACGAAUAUUAAAUAUUUUCUACCUUAUGGGAUUCUCGGUUUAUUAAGUGCGACAACAAUUAGUUUCAAUGCUUUCGUUAGAUCCAGUGCACCAUCAUCACGUGCACAAGAAGUUAAACGUCCUCCUUAUAGCCUGCCUGCAGCCAGUGUAACCAGCAUACUCAUCGUGGGACUCGUCACUACAUUAUCUGCAUUAGCACUGACAUUAUAUUAUCCAUGGUUUUAUGUCGACGCAGAAAAUGCAUUUUUAAAUGCAUUGAAAGAUAACAAAGAAUCUACUAGUGCAAACUUUGGAAGAAUAUUCAUGUUUUGUUUAGUUGGCAGUGGGUUUGUACUUGGAUUACUCACCAGUUUGAUAUCACCAAUGUUGGCCAGUAUAAAUAUUUGUUUAGCUAUGGUCCAUGAUGGUUUUAUUCCAUUCAUGUUUUCUUGUAUUUGCCGACCCUUCAAGAGACCACCAUUGAUGACAAUAUUCAUUAUAAUUUUCACAUGUUUGUUUAGUACAAUAUUUACUGUACAAAGUUUGGCAAGUUUUUUAAGUUUAGGCACAUUAAUUGCCUAUUGUAUUAGUGCUAUCAGCGUUUUAUUUCUACGUUAUCGAUCACAGACAAAUGAUCCUGAAGAUAUAAAUGAAUAUGAUAAUGCUAAUUGUAAAGGUUUUGAAAACUAUCAGAAUUCAUAUUACAGUAAGCGAAUUGGUCAACCAGGAUUCAUUAAAAAGAAAAUUGGUUUUCGUUUAUCUGAUCGUAUGUUAAAAUUUAUCAAUUCUGGUGUUCCUGGUAGUAUGGUUGUUCUUUUAAUAUCUAUUUAUGUAAUAUUGAGUAUUACGUUGAUUGGAUGUUUGACCUUUGGAGUAUCUGGUAGAAUAGCAUCAUUUAUGAAGAUCAUUGCUACUGUAUUUACUAUUUUACUACUCAUGUUAACUAUCAUUUUCAUCAGUUUUAUUAAACAGUUCAAGUCAAAUGAUGCUAAUUUAUAUCGAGUUCCAUUGGUUCCACUGCUUCCUUGUUUUACAUUAACGAUAAAUCUACUCCUUCUUUCUCGGAUUUCAUGGUUUAGUUGGGUUCGUUAUGGUAUUUGGAUGUUACUCGGUUUAUUAAUAUAUUUCUUAUAUGGAAUUAAAAAUACUUAUCGAAUAUCAGAAGAAAAUAAAAGUGUAAUUUCAUCAAAUUGUCUUAGUGAUAUAGAAUAUGAAAAGAGAUCAUCAAAAAGUAAUUCAUCAACAGAUGAAUCAAUAGAAUUUGUUGAUCCAAUCAGAUUUUGAUCAAAUGAGUUUUAAUAUUGAUUGAUAUGAAUUAAAAAUUAGAGUAAAAAAAAAUUUUUUUUUUAUUUUUUGACAUCAUAUGAUUGAUUUAAUGAGAAACAGCAACAACAACAAAAAAGACAAAAAACAAAUUAGAGACAGAGAGAGAGAGAGAACUCAUGUUACAUUACAUAGAUACAUAUAGUUCUUUCAAUCAUUUAAGAAGAGUAUAAGAAUAAAGAUUAUAACAGAAUAAUAUGAAUUCAUUUUAUUUAUUUAUUUCAAUAGAAUUCUGAUAUCAUCUAUGUAACAUUUUAUAUUUUUUAAAAAACAAAAGACAAUAUCAUUUAUUAUAAAGAAUUUUGGUUUAAUUGUAACUUUCUUAUUUAAACAAAUCCAUAUCAAGUAAUUUCUUUAUAAUCUAAUGUUGAAUAUUUGUGGAAAUAACGUCUGAAUAAUAUCGAGGUCAGAGUUAAAAAAAACGUUUUGAUUGAUGAGUGGAUAUAUAUGAUUGAAAAGUACUAAUAUUAGAAACUACCUCUGUAUCGGUAGGCCUCAAUAUAAACAAAGGAUGAAGCAAGAUCCUCAAUUACAACACAGUGAGAAUGCCAACCAAACCAAUCACACUUGAUGGAGGAACUCUGGAAGAUGUAGAAUCCUUCACAUACCUGGGAAGCAUCAACUAUGAACAAGGAGGUUCAGAUGCAGACGUAAAGACGAUGAUUGGCAAAGCAAGUGCCAUAUUCCUACAAUUGAAGAAUAUGUGGAAUUCAGAAUAAAUGUCAACCAAUACUAAUGUCAGAAUCUUUAAUAUCAAUGUCAAGACAGUCUUAAUGUACGCAAUUGAAACUUUCAGAACUACCACAACCAUCAUCAAGAAGAUACAAUUAUUUAUAAGUAUUUGUCUACGCAAGAUACGCAGCAUACAUUGGUCGGAUGCCAUCAGAAACAGCUUACUGAGGGAGAGAACAAACCAGCUUCCAUCCCAAGAGGAAAUUAGGAAAAAACGAUGGAAAUGGAUAGGACACACAUUACGCAAAUCAUCAAACUGCAUCACGAAGCAGGCCCUAACUUAGAAUCCUGAAGGAAGGCGGAAAAGAGGAAGGCCAAAUAACACAUUAUGUCGGGAAAUAGAAGAGGAUAAGAUAACAACUGGAAUGAGCUGGAAAGGGUUGUAUGGUGAGUGCUGUUGGGCGGCCUAUGCUACUCCACGAGGAGUAACUGGCGUAAGUAAGUAAUAUUGGAAACUGAAGUUGUUUGUAGGCGAUUUCAAAUCCUUGUUUCUUAUUUUGUUAACAUCAAUAAAAGUCAAUAUAUUCAUAGUUUUGAAGAGUUGUUGGUGUCACUUAAAGUGUUAAAUGAGGUUGACAA